AUGUGGAGAAGCACGGAUACCAAUAGGAGAGGUGAGAGGCUGUUGGAAUUUCUAGUGUCUACCGACCUGAAAAUUCUCAACAGAGGCGAGGAACCGACUUUUGUCACGGCAGUGAAAAAGGAGAUUCUAGAUCUAACCGUCUGUUCCAGACAGUUAGUACAGGAGGUGACCGGCUGGAGAGUUUCUGAGGAGCCCUCAUUGUCGGACCACAGACAGAUCACCUUCAGGCUUGCCAAGGCUCAGACGAAGGUGAUGACCGUAAGGAAUCCAAGGAAGACGAACUGGGACUCAUUUCGUGAAGACCUGGCCGUCGGUCUUAGGGAAUUUCCCAAAAGACAUGAAACCCCGCAAGAGAUCAAGCUGUGCGUCGAACACCUGCAAAGAGCUCUCGUUGGCAGCUUUGAAAAUAGCUGUCCAAAAAGGACGGAUUUCAGAGGCGCGGCACGCCGGGCCUGGAACAGUGCCAGAAACACGGUCCGCCAGACUGACUGGGACCUUCAUCGGAGAACCCAGAAAGCCUAUAGAGAUUCUGAAAUAAGGGCUAAAAGGGAGAGCUGGAGAAGAUUUUGCGAGUCGGUGGAGGGAAUACCCGAAACCGCAAGGCUCGGUAGGAUCUUGGCCAAGAAUCAAGAUGCUCCUCUAGAGGCUAUUUGA